CUGAGACAGUUUGUAUUGACGUCAGGUUUUUGGAGAUUUCUGUACGGAAACAAUGUAAACAAUCCUAGUUUGUUAGAUUAUUAAAUAAUCAAGUCGAUAAAAUGUCGGGGUCGUGGAGGAAUUCGCGGGGGGCCGGACCCUCUCGACAGGGGCAGACAGGAGAUUCAUCCUCAGGUCACCCCCGCGACAGGCGCCAGGGUGGGGCAGGGGGUCGAGGAGGUCGAGGAGGUCGAAUGGGUCCACCACCAGGACUCAGGGGAAAAGCACUAGGUCUCUGGUACCGAGACAGAAAUCGCCAAAAAGAACCCGAAGAGUCGUACUUCUCCCUCGACCCAAUGGUCGAAGAAACCGUCCAACUCCUCCUAACGCGUCUAAAAAAUCCCGAUCCCCAGGAGUCGACCUCCACCGAAGAGACCGACUACUUCAACGACAAGUACAAUCACAUCAAAGACUCCCACUUCAAACGAAAAUUCCUGUCCAUCGUUUAUGGUAGCAUUCAGGAAAAUCUGUCCCGCGCAUUAUCAAUUACCUCAAAACUGAUAAAAAAUGAUAAAAUCGAUCAGCAAUUGAUAGCCGAACAAAGCGAUCGCGAAUCACUCGGUGAUUAUCAACGGAUGUUGGACUUUCGGUCAAAAUUGCCAGCAUACGAAAUGCGAGAGGAAAUUCUCGAUCUGAUCAAUGGAAAUCAAGUUCUGGUGAUCAGCGGUGAGACAGGCUGCGGUAAAACAACACAAGUGGCUCAAUUUAUUCUCGAUGAUGAGGUAAAAAGGUGUCGGGGUAGCACUACGAAGAUAGUCUGCACACAGCCGAGAAGAAUAUCAGCUAUUUCAGUGGCUGAAAGAGUGGCUGCUGAGCGUGCAGAGGCCCUAGGUAAAUCCGUUGGUUAUCAAAUUCGAUUGGAGAAGAUCAUGUGCAGGGACUAUGGCAGCAUGCUCUUCUGCACGACUGGUCUUCUGCUGCAGUACAUGCAGAGUGAUCCCGCACUGCGUGACUUCUCCCACAUCAUUCUCGAUGAGAUUCACGAGAGAAAUACAGAGAGUGACUUCAUCAUCACACUGUUGAAACAAGUUCUCCCGAAGAGGCCUGACCUCAAGGUCAUCCUGAUGAGUGCCACCCUGAACUCAGAGAGCUUUGCCAAUUACUACGACAACUGUCCGAACGUUCAUAUCCCAGGAUUCACGUAUCCCGUUGAGGAGUUUUACCUGGAGAACAUCCUGGAGAAGACGAGAUUCAAGUUUCCAUUGCAGAAGCCUGAGAGGCAUGGCAAGAAAUUCAAGAAAAUGGAGAAGGUCAGUGACUUCCAGGGAAUCAUCGAACCAGCUGUGAGGAAGAUGGAGUCAGAGGGAGUGCCUCACUACGUAACUAAUGAACUCAGGAAUCCCAACAGCGAAGUCCUGUCCCUUGAAUUGAUUCAGGAGCUUCUGGUUUGGAUAUCGUCGACGAAGAGACCCGGGGCGAUCCUCGUCUUCCUACCCGGGAUGAUGGAUAUAUCGAAACUCAACAAAAGUCUCCACGAGUCGGGGGAAUUUCCCGGGCACAGAUUCCAGAUUUAUCCACUUCAUUCGCGACUUCCAACUGUCGAUCAGAGGAUGAUCUUUAAACCUCCAGUUCCUGGUGUCAGGAAGAUCAUCAUUGCAACAUCAAUCGCCGAGACAUCAAUCACCAUUGAAGAUGUUGUCUACGUCGUGGACUGUGGGAGAACGAAACUCACGAGAUUCGAUAUUGCGAAGAACCUGGAGACACUGGAGCCAGAGUGGAUUUCCCUGGCGAAUGCCAAGCAGCGGAGAGGAAGGGCUGGCAGGGUGCAACCUGGUGAGGUAUACAAAUUGUAUACGAGAGCCAGGGAAAUGACGUUCGAUCAAUAUCCAACCCCAGAGAUGCUGAGAACACCCCUGGAGCAAGUGAUCCUGCAGGCGAAGAUUUUACAGCUUGGUAGGAUCGAAGUUUUCCUGGGGAGUGUCAUGGAUCCUCCAGAGGACCGAGCAAUCCAGCUCUCCCUCGAUUUACUGAGAACCCUGAAUGCCCUCGACACCAAUGAGCACUUGACUCCUCUUGGCUAUCACCUGGCAAAACUGCCUCUCGAUCCCAGAACAGGAAAGAUGAUCCUCUGGGCGUCGAUGUUCUCUUGUGUUGAGCCUGUCUUCGGAAUUGCUGCUAGCCUAGCCUUCAAGGACGCGUUCUACUGUCCACUGGGUCGAGAAGAGGAAGCGAACAGAGCGAAGCUAGAGCUGGGGAUGGGGCAUUUCAGUGAUCACAUAGCAUUGGCCGAAGCUCUCAGACAAUUCGAGAGAUCAUUGAGGUCCAGGAACGCUGGGAGAUUCUGCUCCGAGAAUUUUCUCUCCUGGAAUACUUUGAAGCUGCUGAUGGACAUGAAGGGACAGUUUGCUAGGCAUCUGUAUGAGAUGAAGUUCUUGGAGAGUGAGGAUCCCAGCGACCAGCGGUCAAACAGGAACUCUCAUAAUUUUGCCAUGAUCAAGGCAAUCGUUUGUGCUGGACUCUAUCCUAAUAUCGCUAGUGUCAAAAAUCGUGGCAGCUUUCCUGGUCUGAAAACUGCUGAGGAUGGCACUGUCAAGAUUCAUCCCAGCAGCAUCAAUGCCAGGGCCAAACACUUGCCUACGCCUUAUGUGACUUACUUUCUCAAGCAAAAGUCUACAGCUAUUUAUCUUCAUGACACGACAUGUGUCAGUGAAGCUGCUCUCAUAUUUGCUGCACCCAAGAGCUCAAUCAGGCCUCAAGGUCAGAGAUCUGUCAUUGUUCUCAAUGAUUCGGUGUCGUUUCUGUGUAAACAAUCAACUGCUGCCAUCAUUCAGAGGCUCAGGGAGGAGAUGGAUAAAUUGUUGGAGCACAAGAUCACUCAUCCUGGAAGCAUCAAGUCCGAGUCUCAGGAGGAUGUCGUCAUCAGGGCGAUCAUUGAAAUGGUUUCCGAGGGCGAUCCUUCCGCUGAUAUCGAGGCUGGGAUGUAUCGCAGAGAUUACUGAUAUUUUUUUAUUUGGCUUUAUGUGGAAGUGAUGGGUCUGAAUAAAUUCUGAUUUCAGUCUGAGUUUAU